AUGUCGGCCAAACAAUCGAUGCUACUAUUCCGGGCUCUGCGCAUGUCGCAGCCUACGCUUCGUCAGCCUAUCAGCCGAGUCUCUGUCUGCCGAUUCUACGCAACAUCUACUGAAGAUGCACCCCCUCCUCUGCUGUCCAAGCUCAAGGGCGAUCUCAAGACCGCCAUGCGAGCCAAGGAUACUCCUCGCCUAACCGUUCUCCGAGCUAUCAUGUCCGCCAACCUCAACGCUUCCAAGACCUCAACUCCCAUCAAGACAGAUGUCCAGCUCGUCGCUUUGAUCCGCAAGAUCCAAAAGAGCUCCCAAGAUGCUGCCGCUGAGGCCAAGGCUGCCAACCGUGAGGAUCUUGUUCAAAAGGAGGAGGAUCAGAUCAAGGUGCUGGACGAGUACCUCGCCAACAGCGGAGUCGAGAGCUUGACAGAGGCUCAGCUCAAGGCCAUGGUGCAGGAUGCUGUUGAGGCUUCAAAAGCUGCUGGCACCCAAGCCAAGUCCAUCAUGGGUGAUGUCAUGAAGAGGUUGUCCGGUGCUCUCGAGGGCAAGGAUGUCGACAGAAAGGAGUUGGCCAAGAUGGUCAAGGAGCUCACUGGCUAA